GUUUGCAUGGUAUUGAUUUGAGUAUCUUGCAUGUGGCCUGUCCAGAUGUCUGCCUUCCGCAGUGUUUGCUGAAUGCUAAAGCAGUAUUUUUGCAAAAUCUAAUGCUAGAUCCAUACUGACCAUUGUUCCCCUCGCGGCAACAGCAUGGCACGUACAGUGCUAUUGCUUGCUGUUGCUUUUGGUCCGGCGCUGGGCGAGCGUUUGACCUCGAAGCUAGGGAAGUUCCAGAGUGAUGAUAGUGAUGCUGGCUUUGCAAACCUGAAGAUAAAUCGUUUGGACAAGGUGAAGGUCGAAGCGAUCUCUCGGGCCGAAGCCCUCCGGCUACGUCAGAGCGGGCUCCGCUUCCACGAGGUCGAGCAUCAUCACUUCGGUGAUGGAAGCAGCAACGGCAAAGUCCUGCAGGACUUGAAAGAAGCUGCCGCCUCAGCGGAUCCAUUGAAAGGCAAAAAGCUAGAGGAGCCUGCAAAGCCAAAGGAAUUGACAAGAUUUCAGGCAUUGAAGAAGCGCAUUUCUUUCAGUAAAGAGACCAGAGCAGUCCCACCAAAAGGAAAAGAUUCAAGUGUGCCAACCACAAAGCAAGACGAAAAGAUCCAGGAGGAAGAGGAAGACAGCAAUUCGUCGAGCCUGGACACCAGCUUAAAAGAAGCCUUGACACCAACAAGAAAGAUGCCCGCCGUUCUCUGCGACCGGGCUCACGAACUUCCCAGCAUCCACCUGCGCAUAGAGGGCAGCACCUGGCCAGGAUCCGCCCCACACGUGUUGCUGGCUUCCUGUGUGCCCAGUUCGACCUGGACCUAUUCGCACUUUCUGGAGG